GAUGACAAGUGUCCCAGCUCAGAGUGGAACCACAUGUGUAGGGACUGUUGUGAGUACCAGCUGAUCCAGUGUAGAUGUCCUUCCCAGGGGGCACAGGUGGGCUACUCCGUCCCCUGCUGCCGCAACCAACUGGACCAGUGUGACCCCUGCAUCAUCCACCCUGGCUGCAGUCUGUUUGAGAACUGUAAAACCUGUCACAAUGGGACGUGGGAGGCCAAGGAUGAUUUCUUCAUCCGAGGGAGAUUCUGUACGGACUGUCGUCAGGGCUGGGCAGGUGGAGACUGCAAGACAUGUGGAGGGGUGAUUCGUAGAGUCCAGGGCCACAUCAUGCUGGAGAGUUACCCCAUUAAUGCGCACUGUGAGUGGAGGGUGCAGGUAGAGAGAGGGGAGAACGUGGAGCUCAGGUUCUCCAUGCUUAGUCUAGAGCCUGACCACAACUGUCACUAUGACUACGUGGAGCUGCGGGAUGGUGACAGCCUGAGCUCCCCCGUCAUUGGCCGGUUUUGUGGGAAUGAGCUGCCUCCACCAAUCAGAACCUCUGGAAGCAGGCUGCACGUCCUGUUUGUUUCAGACGGCUACAACAACUUUGAUGGCUUCUUUGCCGCUUUUCAGCAGAGCUCAGCGUGCAGCCCCUCCCCUUGUCAGCACCAUGGAACCUGUUUGCUGGACCCAGUACAGUCUUUUCGCUGUGCAUGUCUGGCAGGCUACACAGGUCAACUGUGUGAGAAUGUUGCUAGGAGUCAGGUGUGUGUGUUGCCAGCGAGGCCCGUGAACGGGGAGCUCCUCUCUGUGUACGGCCUGGAGGAUGAGCUCCUGGCUGUUCAGUACCUGUGCCACCCACCCUACACACUGACUGGCACCCCCCAGAGGACCUGCCUGCCCAACGCCACCUGGAGUGGCACGGUGCCCAUCUGUGGGAAGGUAGAAAAAGAGCCCAUUCGACCCAGUCAGAGGGGUGCAGACCCAGUCAGAGGGCUCGGGGUGUGUCCUCCUCCAGCCAGGCUGCACCAUGGCUACCUCCAGCUGGUCCAAGGCUCUGGAGGAGGGCCUGACACAGUGGACUACUUCUGUAACACCUCCUACAUCCUGAGUGGAGGCUCCCGGAGCACCUGUCUCCCAGAUGGCUCGUGGAGUGGCCGGCAACCACUGUGUGUUAGAGCCUGUCGAGAGCCUAAGGUAUCUGAGCUGGUGAGGCACAAGGUUGUGAAGCCAAAGGCCCCAUCCAGGCAGAGUCCAGUCCACGGGCUUCACACCUCGUCCAGGCAUAAGGUCUAUGACAGUCUCCCCCCUGGCAUGGACCCACCCUCCUCAGGGAAGCUCCCCAGCACCCAAGACCCUAUCCUGGGGGAAUUACCCCGUGGUUUCCACCACCUGUACACUAGCAUAGAGUAUGAGUGUGCCUCCUCUCUCUACCAACACUACGGUAGCCCCCGGCGCACCUGUCUGAAGACUGGCAGGUGGAGCGGGCAUCAUGUCUCCUGCUCGCCAGUGUGUGGUCAACUCCCAGCAGCCUUCAGCCCUCAGAACCUCACUGAGAUUGGAUGGCCCUGGCAUGCAGCCAUCUACCUCCGCUCCCACAUCAUCCGCAGUGCUGGCUCUGGCCUACAAGCGGCACCAGAGGAGGCCUCCUCUCCCUGGCAGCUGGCGUGCAGUGGAGCACUAGUCACCCAGCUCAGUGUGCUGGUGGCAGCUCACUGCCUGGUGGUGGCAGGAGUGGGCAAGCCGCAGUGGGUAGAUCCAGCUGACAUUAAAGUGGUGAUGGGAAUACACAGCCUGGGCCAGAUGAGGACACUGAAACAACUGCAGGUUUCCUCUGUCCUGGUCCAUCCCAGCUUUGAUCCUGUGACAAUGGACUCGGACCUGGCCGUUCUGAAGCUACGGGACAAGGCCAAGAUCAGUGAGCGUGUGCUGCCCGUGUGUCUCCCCAAAAUGCAAGGCGGGGAGGUGACCGCCACACAGGGCUAUGCCACAGGCUGGCUCCUUGCAUCUGACUCAAGGUCCAGUUCCACACCCAGCCUAGACGCCGAGACAGCCCAGACUGGAGUGGUCGAGCUGGGGGAUGUCGUUCAGUGCGAGAGGCAGUUUGCUCAGAGCGGGGCCCCUGUCACCAUCACUGACAAUAUGCUGUGUGCAAUGCGCCACCCUCUCAAUCCCACCAAGCCUUGUCCCACUGUCAGUGCAGGCAUUACAAUCAUACCAUCUCCUGCCACUAAGCCAUCAUCUGGUCCUUCGGAGGGACAGGGGGAUGAUAGUGUUGUCUGGGAGCUUCUGGCUUUAGAAAGUUUUGGUUCUGAGAAAUGGAACUGUGGCCCAGGGCUUUACACAGUCCAUACCCGGAUAAACAACUUCAAAGACUGGAUACAGAAAAACAUGCAGUAG